AUGGAAAUAGAGCUUGACUCUACAUCGACAACAAUACACCAGGUAUCCAAAACAUCACCUUCUAGACUACCGCAUCACCACCAUCAAACAUUUCUGGGGAACUACAUAUUCUCCACACAACCACAUACUAGUCCAUUAAUUCAUACCCUUCAUUCCGAGUGGAUAGAUUCUCCUUUGAACCUGCCAACCAAACAAAUGCUGCUGCUGUAUACAAAGGUCUAUGAGACUCCUCUGAAGUCCAAGGCUUUGAAUUUCAUCACUCCUGUAAGCGAUGCCAAGGAUGCAUCCAAGAGAGAACUCAGCGUGGGCCCAUUUGGUCGUCCCAACACCCCUCCUGUCACUUCGGAGACCAUCAACAAUAACAACAUAACAACCGUUAAGAAGCAAGUUAAAAGUAUGGAUAUCUUUUGGGACAUGCUUAACGAUGUGACCGGGAAGGAUAAAUUGGCCAAGUUUGGCCAAUAUGCUCUCCGGUUAUUGAUCCAUUGGGCCAAUCGUUCUGAAACAUAUCUUUCCGAUUCACAAAUUAAUAUUAAACUGAUCAAUUUGAGAUACAAUAAUCGAGAGAAGAAACUUAAUUUAUUUAUGAAUUUUUUGAAACAUCCACAAAACUUCGUUAGAGUGAUUAUUGUAUUGGUUUGUUCCAUAUUUUCUACAAAAUUCGCUGGAAUGGUGAAAGGUCUUUCCAUGUAUAGACAAUUUCUUAGAUUUGGUAAGACCCCAUUCAGAGUUCGUAAACUUUUGGGAAAAUUCAAUUCAAGUCUUGGAGUGACAAAGGAUGGUAUUGAUUAUCUUGACCUUGAUAAUUUCAAUAAGCAAUUUCUUAAUAAAUCCACCUUGGGUGAUGUAUUAGGGUUAUACUACGGUAUGAAUGAUGAAUCACUUCUUCUUUACAAGUUAAAUUUCUUGACCAACAAAAGAUUGCAUCGCAUAGUCAGUAGACAUGAAUCUUUAGCAUGGUACUAUGACACAAUCUUUGGAUUAUACAAUGCCUAUGGUACAUUACAAGAUCUUUCUCUGAAGGAAUUUGAACUUAAAAUACAAAUUCAAGUGAAAUCUAGAGCUAGAGUACUUUCUAAACAACUACUUGGAGGAGUAGCUACACAUAAUAAUGAAAAUCCAAACAUUCAAGUGAAUGAUGAUAAGGACUUGAUGAAAUUGAAAGAGAUUCAAUUUAAGAAACACAAUGCAUACUUGGAUAUCUAUAAAGGGUUAUCUGACUUUAUUUUCAAUAGUUACACUGUUUUCAAUGCAAGAUUGCCAUUUGAUACGCUUCAAAUAUGGAUGGGAAUUAGUGCUUCUACCUUGAGUAUAGUGAAGAUUUACCGUGAAACGAAAAAGAGACUUGAGGCAAAGAACUAG